AUGUUCGUCAAAACCGAGACCUUGGAGUUCAAGGAGGAGGAAGAUGUGCUGGUGUUACUUGGCUCGGCUUCUCCGGCUUCGGCCGCCCUCACCCCACUGUCGUCCAGCGCAGACGAGGACGAGGAGGAGGAGAUGGGCGCGUCGGGAGGGGCGCGUCGGCAGCCUGGGGCCGAGGCGGGACCCGGGGCGCGGGGCAGCUCUGCCGCGGUCGCUGCCGAGGGCUGCCGGCCCGCGCGGUUACUGGGUCUGGGACACGAAUGCAAGCGGCGUCCCUCGCGGGCGCGGGCCAUGUCCCGCGGCGCCAAAACGGCCGAGACCGUGCAGCGCAUCAAGAAGACGCGCAGACUGAAGGCUAACAACCGCGAGCGGAACCGCAUGCACAACCUUAACGCGGCGCUGGAUGCGCUGCGCGAGGUGCUCCCCACGUUCCCCGAGGACGCCAAGCUCACCAAGAUUGAGACCUUGCGCUUCGCCCACAACUACAUCUGGGCGCUCACCGAGACCCUGCGCCUGGCUGACCACUGCGGGGGUGGCGGCGGGGGCCUGCCGGGGGCGCUCUUCUCCGAGGCUGUGCUGCUGAGCCCAGGAGGCGCUAGCGCUACCCUGAGCAGCAGCGCAGACAGCCCGUCGUCCGCCUCCACGUGGAGUUGCACCAACAGCCCUGCGCCGUCCUCGUCCGUCUCUAACUCCACCUCCCCCUACAGUUGCACUUUAUCGCCUGCCAGCCCGGCCGGGUCAGACUUGGACUACUGGCAGGCCCCAGCUCCCGACAAGCACCGCUAUGCAUCUCACCUCCCCAUAGCCAGGGAUUGUAUCUAG